AUGCAGCACUUACAUGACUUGAAGUCCAGUUUGUGGAACUCUACCUCCAGAUCUGAGCGGAUGAAAGCUUUAAACCGAUUUUCUUCAUUCAAUCUAAACCUGCGUCGACCCAGGCCAUCCAAUCACUCCACAGAAGCCUGCAACAUCGAGCUCGUUACUCCGAGAGUGAAGGAGCGCACGCAGAACGUGACAGAGAAGGUCACGCAGGUACUGUCUCUAGGUGCCGAUGUUUUGCCCGAGUACAAGCUCCAGGCUCCAGACGUCCACAAGUGGAUCAUGCUGCACUACAGUCCUUUCAAAGCCAUGUGGGACUGGAUCAUUCUUCUGCUAGUGCUCUACACAGCAGUCUUCACUCCGUACACGGCUGCUUUCCUCCUCAAUGAGCUGGAGCAGGAGAAGAGGCAUACCUGUGGUUACACUUGUAACCCUUUAAAUGUAGUAGACGUGAUAGUGGAUGUUAUGUUCAUCAUAGACAUCGUUAUAACCUUCAGGACGACAUAUGUGAAUCAUAAUGAUGAGGUGGUGACCCAUCCCAAGCUCAUCGCCAUCCACUAUAUCAAAGGCUGGUUUCUCAUCGACAUGGUGGCCGCAAUUCCAUUUGAUCUGCUCAUCUUCAGUUCUGGAUCAGAUGAGACGACGGCCACUCUCAUUGGCCUGCUGAAGACAGCCCGUCUGCUGCGCUUGGUCCGGGUUGCCAGAAAAUUAGACCGAUACUCAGAGUAUGGAGCUGCAGUCCUCUUCUUGCUUAUGUGCACCUUUGUGCUGAUUGCUCAUUGGUUGGCGUGUAUGUGGUAUGCCAUUGGUCAUAUGGAGAGGCCUUACAUGAAGACUGGCUGGCUGGAUAACCUGGCCGAUCAGCUGGGGAAGCAUUACAACGACAGUGAUGCCAGCUCAGGACCCUCCGUUCAGGAAAAAUACGUCACUGCACUCUAUUUCACCUUUAGUAGUCUGACAAGCGUGGGCUUUGGGAACAUCUCUCCAAACACCAACUCGGAGAAGAUUUUCUCAAUCUGUGUCAUGCUCAUUGGCUCUCUCAUGUAUGCCAGCAUAUUUGGGAAUGUCUCUGCAAUAAUUCAGAGGCUUUAUUCGGGAACAGCGCGCUAUCACACCCAGAUGCUGCGGGUUAAAGAGUUCAUCCGCUUCCAUCAGAUACCUGAAGAACUGAGGCAGAGACUGGAAGAAUAUUUCCAGCAUGCCUGGUCCUACACCAAUGGCAUUGAUAUGAAUGCAGUCCUGAAAGGUUUUCCUGAGUGUUUGCAAGCUGAUAUUUGCUUGCAUCUGAAUCGUAGUCUGCUGCAGAACUGUAAGGUGUUCCGUGGGGCGAGUAAAGCGUGUCUGAGAGCUCUCGCCGUGUGCUUCAAAACCACCCACUCGCCUCCUGGAGACACCCUCUAUCACCACGGCGACGUGAUCAAAGCUCUCCACUUCAUCUCCCGUGGUUCCAUUCAAGUCUCGCAACAUAACAUUGUGCUGGCCAUCCUGGGGAAGAAUGAUGUCUUUGGCGAGCCUAUAAAUCUGUAUACAGAUCCUGGUCGCAGUAACGCUGAUGUUACUGCACUUACCUACUGUGACCUUCACCGUAUCCAAAGAGACGACCUUCUAGAGGUGCUGGACAUGUACCCUGCAUUUGGCGAGCGCUUUUGGAGGAACCUAGAAAUCACCUUUAACCUACGAGACGCUGAACAGAUGAUGACCAGUGAAAAUUUGGACUGUGGAUACCAUGUGAAUGGCAUACGAUACCACCAAAACUCACUAGACAGACGCAACAGGCCAGAUGGAAUGGACCAGAAUGACUCAUACCCAUCUCGGAUGUGUUCGGCCCUGUGUCGCCAUCAUUCUCCAAGCGCUCACAUGCACUGGGAGGAGCUGUGUAGCUGUGGAAGCUCUACAUUGCAGUCCAGUGAAAACCUCAGCAAGUCUCCCAUCAGCCACUGUGAGCUGUACACCUCGGACACAGAUCAUCUGGACUACCCCUCUCCUGUCGUGAGACUAAUACCACCGCGAGGUGCCUCUGGGGUCAGCAGAGAGCCUGGCAUGCAUAUGGGGCAUUUGGCUCCUCCUCCAUCUGGAUUGUACCAUUACUGGCCUGACCAUCAGGUAGCUCAUUUCGCUGAACAGACUUGGUGCCCCCUAUCUGUCCGGACCUCAUUACCACCACCGCUCUUUGAGGAUCAACCCUGUGAACUUGAGUCCAGACUGGAGCUCCUGCAGAGCCAACUCAAUAGACUGGAGACCAGAAUGACAGCAGACAUUAAUGUGAUCCUUCAGCUUCUCCAGCGACAGAUUGCUCCAGUGCCCCCAGCAUAUAGCACUGUAUUACCUGAGAACCACACUCCUGACCCUGCUAUACUGUACGGAAACAGCACACCAGUACUUCACAGCAUGUACCUGAUCCCAAACAUUCAGCUGGACAGUAGAAAUACCACUAUUCAGAGUUCAGCCCAGCCAGAUUCCACAUUCAAGUCAAAUUCCCAGGGUUCUCUGUCCAGUGGUGUUCACAUGGGAGCUGCGUCAGACGACUGUGUACCCGAUAAACUGGAAACUAAUGCUGUUUCAGCCCCAGCCCUUCAGCCCAUUUUGAUAGAUGCACCGCGCCUCUGUUUGUCCCUCCACUUUCCCUCAUUGCCUGGCAACCUGGACACUUCAUCACACCUGGAAGAAAUUCCCAAACACAUGUCUGACCCUGCCUUACCGGUCAGCUAAAAUCACAACACACCAUCAAUCAGCUUAUCGUAACAGAACAAUGAGAACACAUAAAAACACAUUCACAAUCAACCCUGCUCACAUCACCAGCUUUAUUGUGUUGUGGAUGUUAGGAAGACCAUCUUGGUUAACCAUGUUGUGCUGCCCGUCAAUUAGGACAGCCCUAAAUCAGAAUAAAAACUCAAGCUUUUCAGCAAACAAAGGAAUGUAACAAACAUUUAAAUACAAACACUACAGGACAAAAUACUACAAAAGCCACAACAUAAGCAUCUCAAACUUUAAGAUGAAUGUCCGUGACCAUCAAUGAUAUGUUCUACAUGCAGUGAGACUCAGGAAACAGUCACAGUACAGUAGCUGAUAAUGUUUUGUAAUGAUACCGUAAACCUAACCAAAGAAUGCCUCUGUAUGUCUGGAGUAUUCUGUCUAUUUACUGUAAUUAAAACAAUGUUCAAUCCCUUUUUUGUAGUCAAGACUUGUCUUUACAGAAAGUGUUUUAAAAAGUCCAAAGAGAAUCAUUUUCUGGAGUAAAGAAUAUGCAUUUAGAAUAGCGGUUUAGAUAUUUGAGUAUUUUCACUAUUUCAAAUGAAAUGUUGCUUUAAAUUACUGAAAAAGCUUCAUAUUAAAAGAGAAAUAAGGGUAUUUUGGGUGCUGUUUUUUUUAAAGGUCCGUUUAUUGCUGGUUUAUCAAAUAAUAUUUUAUAUGAUAAAAAUCUGUUUUUGUAGACAAUGUUCUCUGAAAAAGUUUGAAUGUUUAAAGUAGUUUUAAGUUUCAGUAGCGUUUCUGGGUGGUUGCUAAGGUGUUGCUAUGCAGCUGCUACAUGUUAGGGUGUUCUGGGUAGUUAAUAAGGUGAUAGGAUGUUUUGGAUGGUUAUAAGGUAUUGCUAUGCAGUUGCUACUUGUUAGGAUGUUCAGGGUGGUUGCUAGAGUGUUUCUGUGCUGUUGCUUGGGUGUUCUGGAUGGUUGUUAUGCUGUUGCUACUUGUUAGGGUGUUCUGGGUGGUUGCUAAGGUGUUUCUACAUGUUAGGAUGUUCUGGGUGGUUGCUAAGUUAUUGUUAUGCAGUUGCUACUUGGGGUGCUCUGGAUGGUUGCUAGGGUGUUGCUAUGUUGUUGCUUGGGUGUUCUGGGUGGUUGCUAAAGUGUUGCUAUGCAUAGCAACCAUCCCGAACACCCUAACAUGUAGCAAAGUUAUUGUUAUGCAGUUACUACUUGUUAGGGUGUUCAGGAUGGUUGCUAGAGAGUUUCUAUGCUGUUGCUUUGGUGUUCUGGGUGGUUACUAUGCAGUUGCUACUUGAUAGGGUGUUCUGGGUGGUUGCUAAGGUGUUGCUACAAGUUAGGGUGUUCUGGGUGGUUGCUAAGUUAUUGUUAUGCAGUUUCUACUUGUUAGGGUGGUUACUAAGGUGUUGCUAUGCAUUGUUACAUAUUAAGGUGUUCUGGGUGGUUGCUAAGGUGUUAUGAUGUUAUGGGUGGUUCCUAGGGUUUUGCUCUGGUAUUCUGGUUGGUUGAUAGGGUGUUGCUAUGAAGUUGUUAGGGUGUUUUGGAUGGUCGUUUGGCAGUUAAUAGAUUGUACUUAGUAGUUGCUUUGAUGUUCUGGGUGAUUACUAAGCGGUUGCUAGUAUGUUGUAGAUAGUUGCUAAGGUGCUGUUAUUUGGUUUCUAGGUUGUUUUGGAUAGUUGCACCUUGAUCUGUUUUUAAAACAAAUUUUAAGCUUUAGAUUUUUAUAUUAAAAACAUUUUUACUGGAAUAUGAUAUCAGUGUCUGCUGAACACUGACCUCUGUGUGGCACUGUUUGCUGAUGAUAUACGACUGGAAAAGCACAAUAUUUGCCCAACAUUCCUCGACUUACUCUUAUCAUUAAACAUGAACAUUUAUCUUCUUGGUCUCUACUUCCUCAUUUUGUGACUCGAUGGCCAUGUGUUCAUCACAGGUCACAGAUUUCAGAUCGAGAUAAGUCAGAUCAAUAAAUGCUAUUUUUGGACUUUUUUAGUUUUGAGUUCUGAUACAGCAUCUGUAUAUUCUUCUGUAUAUUUAUUUGUAUAUCAAAAGAUGAAUUAAAAGGUUUUUUAAAGUUAUUUUUUAACACAAGAUAAUUUAUAUGUAGAACUGGCAAAUUAUGAACAACAAUCUUCUGAAAACUUAAGCUUAUGCUUUCUAAGCAUAUAUAACACUAACGGAAGAAUGAAUAUAGUUAAUGAAUAUUAAAUAGGACAGGUUA